CUAUCCAUGCCCCGUUAGCGCCUCGCCCAUCUCCUUUUUCGGUGUCCCAGCAACAGGGGUCUUUCUUCUUGGGCUUUUGGGUUUCUUGGGCGCCAUUUGCAUGUCUUUGACGGCCGCCUGCGAUAGGGCAGCCUCUCGUCCAGCCACUCCACCCUGCCUGAGCUCGGGUUCCCUAGCGGGCUGUUCAGCGCUUCCAGCGCUCCAGCCUUCUGCUAUAACUGGCAGCUCUCCUGAUUGUCUGGAGACCCCUUGCACGUUUCUAAGCGGUGCUCCACAGGCCCCCGGGAACCAUCGAAGUAGCGGCAAGCUGUCUCCAAAACUCUUCCACUCUCGUAGCGCAUUUUGCAGCGCUGGAGCCGCUGGAGCCUGCCGACCUGCAUCAUCGGAACUCAAUUUUUUUUUUUCAUUCACCGGUUUCUUUUUUUUUUCUUCUGCUUUUCUUUUUGUGGCUGCACUGCAGUGGCGCCGGCAAGAGGCGCUCCUGCUUGGGAACCGACCGGUAGCACGGGAACCAAAAAAAGUCUCAGCACGGGCAAAUCCAGGUGCUCGUCCUCGUACAGGCAGAGACCGGUGUCGAAAUCUCAGCUCGACCGCCCAGAUCUUACUUGUACAUGCCGCUGCCCCCGACUCGCCGAGGCUCCCCAUUUUGCAUUCCAUUUGCAUUUGCCCUUUUCUGGCGAUGCUUCUUUGCUCUUCUUCUCUUCAUAGUCGCUCUUUCACCAUCUUGACCAAGCAGCUGUCACUGGGCAGAGCUUGAGCAUCAGACAACUGCAACGUCAUUCCAUUUCUAUUCCUUAUUUGUCCUACCCGAUCUAGCAAUUCGCUUUGCCCAACGACUCCAAGGCGUCGUCGGCCCAACAUAGCGCUCAUCUUUGCUUCCAUU